AAAGGAGUGACAUGGGUAUUUAGAAGAGAGCCAAAAUGACACCACAUGGCGACAUGGCCCUUUAACCGGGAAUUAUGCAGAGCCUACAAUGUAUUUCAGCCUCUUAAACCAGAUUCUCCGCUCUUCUCGGAUCUCAGAUCUCAGAUCGAUUUUCUUGCGUCCCUCUCUGCAGGAUGGCGCCCGAACAUAAUACGUACUGGAAAAAUGUUGUGACUAUUGUGCCGAUUGUAGGGGCUAGUAUAGCAACCUUUGUCUACCUGCUGCGUCUGUACUCUCGACGAAUGGCUGCAAUUGGGCUGCUCUUAGAAGAUUUUCUAAUGGGAAUUGGGCUCAUAAUCUCCUACUGUGCUACUGCCUUUGUGGUGCAGACGGCGUUUAAUGGAGUCGGUCUGCGAAUGGCAUCGCUCCCACCUGACAGGCGGGAACGGAUUCAAUUUGCAUCGUGGAUGAUACAGAAAUUCUGGGCCCCGUCCAUGGCAUUUGUGAAGAUCUCCAUCGUCGUCUUCCUAAAACGCCUCCUCGGGUCUGUCCGUACAUUCUCCGUUAUUUCAAAUUGCUUGAUCGUCUUCAUCGCCCUGUGGGCCGUCACCGCACUAUUGGUCAAUACUUUCCAAUGCACACCGGUACAAUACUACUACGACAAGACUUUAAAAGGACACUGCAUGAAAGGACAAGUAAAAUUCUUUCAGGCCAUGGGUUCAAUCGCAUUGGUCGAAGAUGUCAUCGUUCUCUGUCUACCAAUUCCUAUUGUUUGGAGGUUGCAGAUGGUCUUUCGACAGAAGCUAGCGGUAACCCUGGUAUUUUCUCUAGGUGCACUUGUCUGCAUCUUCAGCCUUAUGCGCUUGAUCGAGUUCCGGAACUUUGUACUCACCGACCUUGCUUCCUCCAGCGCCAAGGAAUCCAUUUGGACCUGCCUCGAACUCGACGUUGCCAUCAUCUGCGGCAGCCUCCCACUCCUCAAACCGCUCGUACAGGGAUUUCUCGGAAAGGUCAAAAGUGGUGUAUCGAGAGACCGCUCGCAGCCAUCUACGAACACCAAACUUCAUUCGUCGCGCACUACCAACGACGGCUUUCGACAGAUCAGUGAGCAACACAGAAAGUGGACAGGAUCAAAGAAUACUACCACUGUUACUACACCAAGUAGAAAUAGUUCUGAUGUGGAGUUGAAUGCGAUGCCGGCGCAUACCAGUGCUCGGCGAGAUACAGAUGGGCUGUCGGAUGUGAGUAGUGCGGACUCGGUGUUGAAUCGUGAAUGGGAACGCGACACGAUAUCUAAGAAUUAGUUGAUACUCAAUGAAAAAUUUAAUGCUUAAUCAACGAACCGAAA